ACAAUGAGAUGAAAUUUUGUGUUGUCAUUCUAACAACAUUCGAGUGGUGAAACAUACGAGGUUUACCAAUUUAUAGCCGUUCAAUUUCAACAGGGUUUCUAUUUAAAUUACCAAUUAGAAAAAAUGGCAUCAUCACUGCAAUCGAAGUUCCGUGAUUUUCCCGAGUAUCAAGUGGCCGGUGCAAAAGAAGUCAAUUUCAAUCCAUAUGAAUCGAACGGCGGAUCGGUGGUUGCUAUCUCAGGCAAGGAUUUCGUUGUCGUUGGUGCUGAUACACGUCUGAGCUCUGGAUAUUCCAUUCAUACGCGAGAUCAAAAUAAAUUAUUCGGCUUGUCAUCGCAAACGGUAUUAGCAUCAACUGGAUGCUGGUGUGAUACACUUUCGUUGACCGCAUUGGUUCGUUCUCGCAUGCAAAUGUAUGAGCAUACGCAUAACAAAACCAUGUCAACCACGGCUGUUGCUCAAAUGCUCUCGAUUUUGAUGUACAAUCGCCGUUUCUUUCCAUACUAUGUGUCAAAUGUGUUGGCCGGCAUUGAUGAAAAUGGUGAAGGUGUUGUUUUUAGCUACGAUCCAAUUGGACAUUGUGAACGUACCAAAUAUCGUGCCGGCGGAUCGGCCGGUGCAUUGUUGCAACCUGUAUUGGACAAUCAAAUCGGUUUGAAAAACCAAACAAACCCAAGCACCGAACCGCUCACCAAAGAACGAGCCAUCGCAAUCAUCAAGGAUACAUUCAUUUCAGCAACGGAACGUGAUAUUUACACUGGUGACUCGGUCAUUAUAAAUGUCAUUACUAAAGACGGCGUUGUCGAAGAAAAGAUGGAACUGCGUAAGGAUUAAAUUCAGCGUGCACUUCAGUUUUUUUUUUGCAUAAGUUUUUUUUCUACAAAUAAUCUUCAAUCUCAAUUAUGAGUGACAUACACACACAUCUUGGAUCAGAUCGAUGUUCAUAGCUUAAACGACAAACGAACACCUUAUACAAGAAACACACACCGUGUAUUAUUGAUAAAUAAAUAAAAAAAAAGAAAGAAAUAAAAACACACACCA